AUGUCAUUUCCUAUGCAAAAUAUUCCGGAUCCAAGUAGUUUUCAAAAUGAGCCCGAGAAAAUCAUGCAAGCGGUGGAUUUCGUUGCGAAGAAAACUCUUGACGCGAAAAAGCUUAUUGAAGAGCUACUUUAUAUGUUAAACAUGCAAGAACGGUGUCCAUGGCCAGAAAUGUUGGAGAAAUUCUCGGCGCUUGCCUCCGCGAUGACAGUUUUGCAAUCAUCUCUGCGAAAAAGUGGAUUACAAUCAGGACACGAAGAUUAUGGCCAAUUUCUCCGCUCGCACGUAUUGGUCCCACAACGACUACAAUAUGAACCUGAUCCAUUACUGCUUAGAUUAACGGAAAAUCGAGUAGUGUCGUGGAAUCAUGACCUUGUUCCCGAAUAUUUGCGCACAAAACCGAAUCCGGAAAUGGAAAACGAGGAAAAUUUAUUGGAUGCCGAGCGCCAGACCAAGUCGCAAGAUCUCAUUGUUCGACAGAUUAAUUCAUUCAACAAGAACAUCGAAUUGUUAUUGUCGAAUCUGAACACUAUCGACAAAAUGCAGCAGGAGGCGGCUAUUGAGAAGCCGACAUACAAUCGCGAGGACACUGCCAAAAUAGUGGCAUCUCUUUUAAAUGGCGAGAAUUUGCGUAGCGCUCGUUCGAAUCCCUCUGUGCCACCUCAACAUGCUCAACAGCUUCAUCAUCAUCAACAACAACAUUCGCAAAUGAUACAGCAUCAACUUCAGCAGCCGCCAAUGAACUGGAAUCCGCAGCAACAGCAAAUGCAGCAAAUGAUGAUGCCGAAUCAAAUGGGUAUGAUGCCCGGUAUGAUGGGACAUCCUGGAAUGUCGCAGCACAUGAAUCAAAUGGGACCUAUGGGAUCGAUGGGCCAAAUGGGACCAAUGGGUCAAAUGGGGCAUCCAAUGAACCCGAUGAUGGUUCAACAACAACGACCACCUCCAAUGCAUCCGAUGCCGCAUAUCCAGAUUCAGCGAUGA